ACAAGAAAAACAACUCAAAUAAAACCUAGAAAAUGAAAACAAACAAAUUAAAGAGAGUGAGAAAGUGAGAAAAUGUGAGAAAGUGAGCAAGAAAAAGUGAGCUGGCUUUAAUUGAGGGCACAAGACUCACGAAAUACAAGAAAACAACAUGUGAGAAAAAAAUGAGAAAAUGGGAAAAUGUGAGAUAGUAAGUGAGCAAGAAAUGUGAGCAAGAAAAAGUGAGCUAGCUUUAAUUAGAGCAAACCAUGACAAACCCAGAAACCAGCAAGUGAGAAAGUGAGAUUGUGAGAAAGUGAGCAAGAAAAUGUGAGCUAGCUUUAAUUAGAGGCACAAGACUUACUAAAUACAAGAAAAGAGCAAAUGAGAAAAUGUGAGAUAAUGAGAAAAUGUGAGAUAGUAAGAAAGUGAGCAAGAAAAAGUGAGCUAUCUCUAAUUAGGGCAAACGAAGACAAACCCAGAAACCAGAGAAAAAUGAGAAAGUGGGCAAAAAAGUGUGCAAAUUAGAGCUAUCUUUAAUAGAGCCAUGACAUAGGCGCUUCCCGGAGCUACCCGACCUCGGAGAAGGCGGCGGCGGCGGCGGCUCCCUGAUGGCACCGUGAUGGCCGCGGUGGCACCCUGGCGUGGAGGUGAUGUCACGCGCGGGGCAGUGCCAGGAUAAAGGCGAGGUGAGGGCGCUGUCAGGGCCACACGCUCCCUGGCACUCGCAGCGACAACCAGUGCCUAUCCUGAGUGCCACUACUACUACUACUACAAGUGUUACUGUUAUAAUCUACCAGUGCCUGUGUUUAUAGGUGCCGGUGUUACUACCACCAGGCUGGCACCAUCAGACGCGCACACACACGCACAGGCUAGCUCAUUCACGCACACACACGCACACGGAAGGGUGGUUAGACACACGCACACACACGCACACGGAAAGGUGGUUAGACACACGCACACACACGAACGUGAGGUGAUCUGUCUCUACACCAGCUGUGACCACCACCACAACCACCACUGAAAACAACAACAAGAAGAACAAGAAGAAGAAGAAGAACAACAACAACAACGGGCUCCCGCCCACACACCCAAGGACAGCUGCCUCAAGCCACGCCGCGGCCCCCCAGCCCCGUCAGCAUGCCUCGUCUGGAGCACAGCAUAGAUCUGCUCCCCCUGGAUGACGGCCUGGAGCCCUGCGUGGCGGCGGCGCCCGUGCCAGACGAGGUCGAGUGCGCCGAGCCGCCGCUGGUGGAGGUGAGCGCCGGAGCGGUGCGCGCGGCGUUCCGCGACGUGCGCGUGCUGGCGUCCGGCUGGUACACGACGGUGUUCUCGGCGCGGCACCGCGGCAUGGCGGCGGCGGCGGGGCGGCGCGUGGUUGUGAAGGCCGUGCGCCGCGCCGCCACCACGCGCGAGGACUUCAUGCGGGAGGCGCGGCACCACGCCCUGCUCAGCGCCUGCCCGCACGUGCUGGCCUGCUUCCCGCCCGCCCUGGCCACGCCCGCGUCCUUCCUGCUGCUGCUGGAGGAGGCCGCCGCCGGGGACCUGGCGAGCCUGGUGGGCCGCGGCGGCGUGGGCGAGGCGGCGGCGCGGCGCAUGGCGGCGCAGGUGGCGGCGGCGGUGGCGUUCACGCACGGCGCGGGGCUGGUGCACCGCGACCUGACGCCCGCCAACCUGCUGGUGAAGGACGCCGCGCUGCGCCACGUCAGACUGUCGGACUUCGGCGCCACGCGGCUCGCCGGCACCCGCGUGACGCGCGGCCUGCUGCCCCUGCCCUGGCUGGCCCCCGAGGUGGCCUGCCUGGCGCCCCACGACCUCUACACGGCCCAGCCCGCGCAGGACGCCUGGCAGCUGGGCCUGCUGCUCCUGGCCCUCCUCACGGGGGCGCUCCCCUGGGCCGCCGCCGACACGGAGGACCCGCACUACGCCGCCUGGGCCGCCUGGGCCUGCCGAUCCUCGUCCACGCUGCCGCCACGCUUCCGCGCCUUCUCGCCGCGCUUCCUGCGCCUGCUGCGCCGCCUGCUGCACCCAGACCCCGAACGGCGCUGCGGCGCGGCGGCGGUGCAGCGGGAGGCCGAGGGCGGCCACGCCUGGCUGGCGCGGGACCCCGACCCCUUCGCGCCGCGCCCCGCCGCCCUGCUGCGCCGCGCCGAGCAGAAGGUGACGCGCGCGCUGCGGCGGUACCUGCGCCGCGCCAGCCCCAGGUACAAGACCGUCACCUUCGCCGACGAGCUGGAGCAGCGCCGCGAGGUGGAGCCGCGGCCCGCGACGCCCUCCGAGAACGAGGACGAGGACGAGGACUGGCAGGAAGACGUGUACGAGGAGGUGUACUGCGGCGAGGACCGCUGCCCCGACCACUACGACGACUACCCCGACGUGUACCCCGAGGCGUACGGCGACGCCUACGCCGACCACCUCACGGAGCACUACGCCGGGGCGUGCGAGGACGACGAGGACGAGGACUACACGGGCUGGAGCCUGGGGGGGCGGCGGUGUGUCCUGGACCCCUGACCUGACCCCCACCCGCCCCAGCAUGGCCCCCGCACCUGCCGCGUACCUGACGCACUCACCUGGAGGCGCCCCCCGCACGCCCCCCGCGGCACAGAUGUUAUAUUUUUGUAUCGAGGCGGCGUCGCAACGCUCCGGCCUUUUGUACUUUUUUACUGCCGAGGAGGAGGAGGAGGAGGAGGAAGAGGAGGA